UAUCCACAUGAAGACACCUUAAACUGGGCGUCGUUUCCGAUAAGAAUCCCUGAAGCCACAGUCCGCGGGAGAGCACGUACCAAUCUGCCGGCCCACCUACAGAAAUCCCUAAUCUAUACCAGCUCUACCAUGGAUCAUCUUUGCUACUGUCCACCGAUGGACCACGCCCUCCUGCCAUGCGAGCAGGAGGGGACUCUUCCUCGAACAUGGCGCACCGCUACCAUUGCCACUGCCACAUCCACCCGGCGCUUCUCCCGGGGUCGAGCAGCUUCUUCUUCAGCAGCAGCAGCUCGUCGGGCUCCGACGACGACGGCGCCGGAACGCAGCCCCUACAGGUGCGCGUCGAGGUGCCGCCAGUGUCCUCGACGUCGGACGGCGCGGCGCCGCUCCUCGAGCCCACGCCCAGGCCCGACGACGCCGGCUCGUCCCCCGCGGCUUGUGGCCUUCGUCUUGAUCUUCUUCGCCGGGCUUGUCUUCUACGGGCGCUUCUUCUGAUUCGAGCGGACACGACACGCUCUGGUCGCUGCAAAUACAAACACUGCUUGCGGGAAUUGAGAUCAAGUUUAGUUUAGGAAUAUAGUGAUAGUGAUUGACUGAUUUGUACUAAAUAUUGUGAAAGCAAUUACGCUCUCUCCUGAUCUCCUCCCAUGUUGUGCCUGUAAAGUUCGUGCACCGAUCAGGAUUUACAUUAUUGAUGAGUGAUAAAUUUUUGCAAAUACUGAACAUAGCAA